AUGGGGUAUGGGCGGUCAGACAGUUACCGCGUUGCCACCACACAGGACAAAGAUGGCAGAUCCCCCACCAAGAAGAAAGGGGGCAAGGACCUGGACGAGCUGAAGAAGGAGGUCCCCAUUACGGAGCAUAAAAUGUCCGUGGAAGAAGUAUGCAGGAAGUUUCAGACAGACAUUGUCCAGGGCUUAACAACCUCCAGGGCAGCGGAGUUCCUGAAGCGGGAUGGUCCCAACGCACUCACACCUCCUCCCACCACCCCGGAGUGGGUCAAGUUCUGCCGCCAGCUCUUUGGAGGCUUUUCCGUCCUGCUGUGGACUGGAGCCAUCCUCUGCUUCCUCGCCUACGCCAUCCAGGCAGCGACUGAAGACGAACCUGCUGGAGACAACUUGUACCUUGGUAUUGUGCUCACCGCUGUGGUCGUCAUCACCGGCUGCUUUUCCUAUUUCCAAGAAGCCAAGAGCUCCAAGAUCAUGGAGUCUUUCAAGAACAUGGUGCCACAGCAAGCCCUGGUGAUCCGCGAGGGGGAGAAGGUGCAGAUUAACGCUGAAGAGGUGGUGGCUGGAGACCUGGUGGAAGUGAAGGGAGGAGACCGUAUCCCGGCCGACAUCAGGGUGGUGUCUGCUCAUGGCUGCAAGGUGGACAACUCUUCGCUCACAGGAGAAUCUGAGCCUCAGAGCAGGUCGCCUGACUGCACCCAUGACAACCCUCUGGAAACACGAAACGUCGCCUUCUUUUCAACUAACUGCGUUGAAGGCACUGCCCGCGGUAUUGUGAUCUGUACUGGGGACCGCACAGUUAUGGGGCGCAUCGCCACACUGACGUCUGGCCUGGAGACGGGCAAAACCCCGAUUGCCAAGGAAAUCGAGCACUUCAUCCACAUCAUCACUGGUGUGGCUGUGUUCUUGGGCGUCACGUUCUUCAUCCUGGCCAUUGUCCUCGGCUACAGCUGGCUGGAGGCUGUCAUCUUCCUCAUUGGCAUCAUUGUGGCUAAUGUGCCCGAAGGGCUGUUGGCCACUGUCACUGUGUGUCUGACCCUGACGGCCAAGCGCAUGGCCAAGAAGAACUGUCUGGUGAAGAAUCUGGAGGCUGUGGAGACACUGGGUUCCACUUCCACCAUCUGCUCCGACAAAACCGGCACUUUGACCCAGAACAGGAUGACUGUGGCCCACAUGUGGUUCGACAAUCAGAUCCACGAGGCUGACACUACAGAGGAUCAGUCCGGUGCCUCGUUUGACAAGUCUUCCAUCACAUGGCAGGCUUUGUCGCGUGUUGCUGGCCUGUGUAAUCGUGCUCAGUUCAAGGGGGGGCAAGAGGCCAUUGCUAUCCUGAAGCGGGACGUAGCUGGAGACGCCUCUGAGUCCGCCCUCCUCAAGUGCAUCGAGCUGUGCUGCGGCUCCGUGCGACAGAUGAGGGACAGGAACAAGAAAGUGGCCGAGAUCCCAUUCAACUCCACCAACAAAUACCAGCUCUCCGUCCACGAAACAGAAGACCCCAAUGACAAUCGUUACCUGCUGGUGAUGAAGGGGGCGCCGGAGAGGAUCCUGGACCGCUGCAGCACCAUCAUGAUCCAGGGCAAAGAACAGCCCAUGGACGAGGAGAUGAAGGACUCUUUCCAGAACGCCUACAUGGAGCUGGGAGGCCUGGGGGAGAGAGUGCUGGGUUUCUGCCAUUUGCUGCUGCCCGAGGACCAGUAUCCAAAAGGCUUUGCCUUUGACACAGAGGAUGUGAACUUCCAGACAGACAAUCUGUGCUUUGUGGGGCUCAUGUCCAUGAUUGACCCUCCCAGAGCCGCGGUGCCUGACGCAGUGGGAAAGUGCCGCUCUGCUGGCAUCAAGGUUAUCAUGGUGACUGGAGAUCAUCCAAUCACAGCCAAGGCUAUCGCCAAAGGUGUUGGCAUCAUCUCUGAAGGAAAUGAGACAGUUGAAGACAUUGCAGCUCGUCUGAAUAUUCCAGUUGGCCAAGUCAACCCCAGAGACGCCAAGGCCUGUGUGAUCCAUGGGACAGACCUGAAGGACCUUUCACAGGACCAAAUGGAUGACAUCCUGAGGAAUCACACUGAGAUUGUUUUUGCCAGAACAUCUCCGCAGCAGAAGCUCAUCAUUGUGGAGGGUUGCCAGAGACAGGGAGCCAUUGUCGCUGUGACAGGAGAUGGUGUGAACGACUCUCCGGCUCUGAAAAAAGCUGAUAUCGGUGUUGCCAUGGGGAUCUCGGGCUCUGAUGUGUCCAAACAGGCUGCGGACAUGAUCUUACUGGACGACAACUUUGCCUCUAUUGUGACUGGAGUGGAAGAAGGGCGUCUGAUCUUUGAUAACCUGAAGAAGUCCAUCGCCUACACUCUGACCAGCAACAUCCCAGAGAUCACUCCCUUCCUGUUCUUCAUUAUUGUCAACAUUCCUCUGCCGCUGGGAACCAUCACCAUCCUAUGUAUCGACCUGGGCACUGACAUGGUCCCAGCUAUUUCUCUGGCUUAUGAAGCAGCCGAGAGCGACAUCAUGAAGAGGCAGCCCAGGAAUCCAUUCAGGGACAAGCUGGUGAAUGAGAGGCUGAUCAGCAUCGCCUAUGGACAAAUCGGUAUGAUCCAGGCCUUGGGUGGGUUCUUCACAUAUUUUGUCAUUUUGGCGGAGAAUGGAUUCCUGCCCUCUCAUCUGGUGGGCAUCAGACUGAACUGGGAUGACCGCUCAACAAAUGACUUGGAGGACAGCUAUGGACAGCAGUGGACGUAUGAGCAGAGAAAGAUCGUGGAGUUCACCUGCCACACCGCCUUCUUCGUCAGCAUCGUGGUGGUGCAGUGGGCCGACGUCAUCAUCUGUAAAACCAGGCGUAACUCUGUGUUCCAACAGGGCAUGAGGAACAAGAUCCUGAUCUUUGGCCUGUUCGAGGAGACUGCCCUGGCUGCUUUCCUCUCCUACUGCCCUGGGAUGGAUGUGGCUCUCAGGAUGUACCCUCUCAAGCCAACAUGGUGGUUCUGCGCAUUCCCAUACAGUUUCCUCAUCUUCGUUUAUGAUGAAAUCCGAAAACUGCUCAUUCGCCGCAACCCCGGAGGUUGGGUGGAACGGGAGACAUACUAUUGA